AUGAAGCAGAAGUUAUUUACAAGAAAUGGUGGGAACAUUAAGAAGAUAAAAUUGUUUACCUCGAAGGAAUUGGAAAAAGCCACGGACAAUUAUCAUGGCAAUCGAGUUCUUGGUGAAGGUGGUCAAGGCACUGGGUAUAAAAGGAUGUUGUUGGAAGGAAGAAUUGUAGCUAUUAAAAAGUUCAAGAUAGCGGAUGAAAGUAAAAUUGAAGAAUUCAUUAAUGAGGUUAUAUUACUAUCACAAAUUAGUCACAGAAAUGUAGUUCAACUAGUAGGGUGUUGCUUGGAAACAGAAGUGCCUCUUUUAGUCUAUGAGUUCGUUUCUAAUGGAUAUCUCUUUCAAUAUUUACAUGACCAAAAUGAGGAGUUUCCAUUCACAUGGGAACUACGAUUACUAAUUGCCUUUGAAGUUUCGAGUGUGCUAACCUAUUUGCAUUCAGCUGCUUCCGUACCUAUAUAUCAUCGAGAUAUUAAGUCCAAAAACAUACUUUUAGAUGAAAAAUUUCAAGUAAAAUUGUCGGAUUUUGGAAUUUCAAGAUCUAUUGUAGUUGAUCAAACUCGUUUGACCACUCAAGUAAAAGGGCCCUUUGGGUACCUUGAUCCUGAGUAUUUCUGA